GCAUCAUUGGGGGCUCCAUCAAAACUAAGCCCACAAGCCCAUCAGCCACGACAUCUUAUGUUGUCACUAGUUAUCUAACUAGUUAUCUCCAUUAAAAUACUAAAAUAAGAGAAAUAAAUCCAUUUUUUUUUUCUUCUUUUGCAGUAUCAUUCCAAGUUUCCACAACAUCCGACAAAUUGGUACGAACGAAGCCAGGCUACCAGCUAUCUAAGCUAUCCAGGUUCAAACUGUGCGUGGUAUGCCACAUUCAUUGUUGUAUACACUACAUACAUUGUAGUAUGUUGUAUGUACGUACGUACAAUGUAUGUAUGCAUGUAUGUACCUCGAUAUCCUGAACCUGAACUUUGCAUACUGUCUCGUCUUUCGGUCUUUGGUUCUUUCUAGAUUGCUUGUCGGAAUCUCGUCAACCUUAGUUAUUAGCCCACUUCCCCGGCCCAGUCCAACUUUCGUUUCGUUCGUGCUACUACAACACGGACUCCCCUCCCAGUGAUCGUGCAGUAAAAACUCGUUGCGGAUCUAUCUACCUACAGAUGUACGAAGUACGGUACUGGAGCCAUCAUUCGUAAAUCUUGCCGCCCACUCCUAAGCAUCUUCUGCAGUAGCUUGCGUUAGCUCUCUCGCUCCUCAACUUGACCCAUUGGGCUCGCCUCAUAAACGCCAGUGUCAGCCAAAAACAUUCAUUCUUUUCCCCUUCAACAUGCUACCGACUUAUUCCCAAGACCAUCUUCUGGAUGAAAAGGCGGCUCUUACAUCUACCCAAGCCCUCCCUCCUCAACAUCGUGUGCCAAAAAGAAUGCCUUCCACUCGACGCUUUUUCAUCACUCUGCUGUUCGGGCUGCUCGUCACCGCCGGCUUAGCAAAUGCCUUCCUCAAGCAAGAGCCUAUUGGCGAAGACGCGGCUGAAAGUGAGGAUGAUCAUGUCGUACACCGUGAUGACUCGACUUUCUCUCGGCUGCUAAGUUCGGCUUCUCCCCAGGCUCUACACUCCUUCUUACACACGUACUUUCCCUCUACUUAUCAACAUGGCGUUUACGACUCGGAUCACGCAGCCAUGGAGGCUGUCCACGCGAAUGAUCCAGAGUUGGCAACUUCCAUCGUUCAGAUGGCGAAAAGGCAGUCUGGCAACGAGACCACUGCGUCUACGAUAGUUUCUUCUACUACUACAGACUCUGGUGGCUUGACUAUUUCGAGUACUACAAGUGAAACUAGCACAACGGAGGAAACGACACCCCCUGCCUCAACUUCGUCCACAGAGACGACGACUACGCAGGCAGAGACUUCCACGGCUACCACCACUAGCACGACACAACAGUCCAGCUCGGAUACAAUGACAUCAACUUCGGAAUCCAGCGAAGUCAUUAGCACACCUGCUUCAACUUUGUCAACCACAACUACUUCUGGCCCUACUACUACAAGGCCACCUAGAACCUCUACAUUCACAUCGACGCUUCCCGGGGGCGCUCAGGUAUGUCGCAAAACUAAUUUCCUUUUCCCUCCCUUCAGAUGCCUUCCGCCCCAGUUCCGCGUCAUCCCAACAACGUUGGAUACUCGGGCCUUUGAGACCGAAUUCGCUUAAGCAUUGAUCACGAAAGGCAGCAAACCAUAUAAUAGAAUGAACUUACUGACACAAGUGGAAUAGACUACGAUCACGUCAGUUGAG